GAGAGAUGCUUCGCGCGCGGGCACAGUGACGCAAACGCGCGCGCUUAAUGAUAAGUAUUUAGACAACUGGGUAAUUAGCUGGUAAUUGCAGUGGCGGGUAGUUAAAACAGUCGCGGUGCGUUAGUGCAGAGCACGUAGUGGCGUUUAUUCACGGGGACGCUUCUUUUUUCUUCUUCUUUUCCAUCGACGCGCUUUUGGAUUUUCUUGAACGACAAAAAGCAAGCAGCGUGGAUCCGAGAACGAGGUCCGAACCAUCGCAGACAGUGCUCUCCAUUAUUGCCGCUUUGAUUGGUCACGCGGCGCCUCGCAGACGCCGCUAUCGCAGACGAGCAUCUUGUUAACGUGCAGCGCAUCGCUGGGAAAGCAAUGCGCCGGAUGCUCGUUGAUCCAUCGACACAACACCCGAAUCGGAGAGAGAGAUGACCCUAGUUCUGUCCAUGAAUCCUUUCCUGGACCCAGAGGGAGACCCUCCUCUCUCCACCUACCGGCCCGCCUGGGACGCCGAGCGCUGCGCCGCGUCGCGCCGGUCGAGCGCGCCGCCGCCUCCGCCUCCGCCGCCGCCGUGCGCCUCCGCGGAGCCGCCCACGCGAGAAUCCCCCUGCAGGCGAGUUCCUGAUCGCGUGUCGGUGUCGAGGAUCGCGUACUUCAAGAGGAAGUUUGUUGAGGAUGACGAGCCUCGAUUCAGCUUCAGGACGUACUGCCAAACGGUGGCGCCGGUCCUGGAGGAGCGCGCCCACGUGCUGCGCCUCUCCCUGGAGAAGAUGCGCUUCAUCGACGACCCCGAGGCCUUCCUGCGGCGCUCCGUCCUGGUCAACAACCUCCUGCGGCGCCUGCGGGCUGAGAUCCUCCUCCAGAGCACCGACUGGUGCUUCCCGCCCAACCCGGCGUUUGCCGGCGGCUCCUGCGCCCCGGCGCCCGGCGCCAACCCCGCCGGCCAGGCGCUCCACGGCGCCCUGCCCGCCCGGAUCUGCCUCGCACCCCAAGCCGGGCCGCCCUUUCGUAAGCGCUUCCGGGUGGUCCGCGGGGGGCAGGGGGACCUCCGCCCCGACUGCGCCCAGACCUGCUGCUGCAUCUACGCCGCGGCCGCCGCCGCCGCGGCGGGACACUACCUCCACCUCCCGUUCUCCGUGUACGACGCAGCUCUCUCGGCCUGCCCGACCACGCCGCACUCUUCCCCUUUUUUUCAACUAGCCGGCCAUAGUAAGUUAGGGAUGACAGUGGCCAGAGAAGAGCAUGAAGAUGAGGAGGAAGAUGAUGAAGAGGAGGAGGAGGAGGAGGAGGAAGAGGAAAAUGAUGAAGGGGAGGAGGAGGAGGAGGAGGAGGAGGAGGAAGAGGAGGAGGAUGAUAGAGUAGAAGCUGGUCCUUCCCUGGAUGUUGUUAAGGACAAGUCGAGCCGGAAAAGUAGGACUAAGAGCUCGCUGGGACACACAAGGACAAAGGAGGACACCCGCAUGGCGGAAGGGGGGAAGGAGGGAGAGGAGGGGCCGCAGGAGGAAGAGGAGGAGGAGGAGGAGGAGGAAGGUGGGCAGGAGGUGAGACCUCGUCAGUCGGACUCUAAGGCCACGGUAAAGGAGCUCCACAAGGUGAGCUCCUGGCACCGCAGGCCUCAGAGACAAUGACUGGGCUCCACGAGUCACUUCAGCCUGUUGGAGCGAAAACGCCAGCUGUCUUCAGUUGAAGAACAUUUCUCCUCGUAGCAGACGAAGCUGUGAGCCCCCCCCCCGUUCCCUCCCCCACAAGAUAUUAACGUCAGGUCAGCUUUAUUUGAAACGACCCUCAACCCCACAUCGCUAAUGUUUAUGGUCAAAUGAAGAAACAAAAUCAUGCAGAUGGCUCCGGGUCGGUCUGGGGACAUUUUUAUCAAACUAGUUGUAGGCCAAGGUCACGCAAGGUCACGCAAGGUCACGUAUGGUGGGAUAAUAAAUCCCACGAGUGAGGUAAACAGAGCCUGUGGAGUGAAGGCUGGUGGAGUUGGGAAGUCUGUGCUUCUGUGUGCGUGCGUGUGUGUGUGUGUGUGUGCGUGCGUGUGUGUGUGUGUGUGUGUGUGUGUUUGCAAGAUCUGAUGUAGCAUUUUAAAACUUGAUUUCAAAGCAAUUCUUUUUAUGUCGAUUCCGACGCCGUCUCUGGCGUUCAAAUGACUUCAAGAGACAACGAUCGUAAACAUUGGAAACAUCAAAUCACAAGUUCAAGUGCCUUAGUGUUUUUAUGGCUCCAUGUAGAUUUGCGUGUUAUUGUAUUUGUUCUCAUUACUUACUUCGUAUCUGGCGGGCCCGCGUUCCACUGAAACACAAUCAAUGCGUUCCGUUUGUUUCACUUCAAAAUGCAUGUUUUCCUCGUCUUGGCGGUGGUGGUGGUGGGGGGGGGGGGGGUCGUUGAAGUCUUCGAGGAGGCGGGGUGGCGUGCGAGCCCUUCUCUCUGCUCGUGCGGGUCCGUCCGGUGAUGAGCGGAGGGUCGUCACGACGACGGCAAGCCCGCAAAAAAAACCAAAAGUUGCUGCAGGAUGUGAAGACGAUCCGAGUCCGUCUUCUGAUGGUUGUGUGACGCACCCGAAGCCCGAGGGACCAGCGAUGGAGGCUCUCAUAAGGGGAAUCAUUCCUGCCACGUGUCCUAACUUUUUUUUUUUUUUCUUUUUUUUGGGGGGGGGGGGGGAUGUAUAAAAUAACAGCUGUGCACCUACAAUACUGCUUUGACAGCAGUGACACAUCUACAACUAGACAAGUCGAAUAUCCGCCUAUUUCAUUUCUCAAAGUGAUUAAAAAAAUAAAAAUAAUGGUGACUAUCGGUGGUAUUUUUUUAAGUUUAAAAAACAACAACUGACAAAGCAGUUUUUGUUUCUGAGAAAAAGAAAGUGUAAACUGCAAUGCCUGUUAUAAAAAAGAAAAGAAGAGCCACGUCUGCUCUGAUCAUUUUUGUGUGAUGUUUUGUGAAAAGUGUAAAGAUCAGUAAAAGAAAUGUUGAAAAAAAACAACAACAACCCGGAUCGUCCUUUUUUUUCUCCCCCCUCCUUUGCAUCACAACACGUUCAAGGUACAGUGGCGCGCGCGCGCGUGGGUGUGUGCGCGCUCGUUGCCCCCCAUCCGUCUGAUGCUCAGCGGAGUGCAGCCCCCACACCUCGCUGCUCGCGCCUCAGCGUCUCUCAGGUGUCGCCGCGCCGCUCAAUUCCUGUUAAUCUCUUUGACAUUAUACGCCGAGAGCAGUCACCUCCACACUCCUCCCUGCACCCCCUGUCCCACCCGUGGACACGCGCACACACACGCACACACACACACACACACUGUAUCCCUGCAGCCCAGAGAUGAGCCAGGGACGUACAAAACAAAGCACUUCUUCAUUCAUGAUUUCUCGUUGUUAUGACCGCAGCAGAUGCUGUGUGUGUGUGCGCGCGCGUGUGUGUGUGCGCGCGCGCACAGCGCUGGCAUUACUGGGCUUUAGGUUGAAUGUUCCUUUGAUCCAGUAAUAGUGUUCACCAUGUGCACCCUAAUUACGGGAUUAUUUCUAAUGCUCAGCAGGUUUUUGUGUGACUGCUGCAGUUCGCCUU